UUUGGGCCCUGUGGAAAGUUAAUUGGCUCUCUAAAAAAAAAUCUUCCUUAAAAUGAAACUGCCCUAAAUCUUUCUUGAACCUCUAAUCCAUCUUUCACUCUCUUGCUGCUUCCAGUUUCCAUUCUCUCUUCGCCACUAUGAAGUUGCUUCCGCGAUCAAAUGCAAACUUGUGGCGUCGUGUUCAUGUAGUUUUACGGGCUCAGUUGCUUCCCAGUGAUGCUCUAACUUCUUCAUCUUACUCCUCGUCGGCGCCAGUCGACUCUCUGCAUCGUAGGAUAUCGAGGUCAGGAAAUCCGGCGGUCUCGAUUGUUACGGUUAUCGAGAAAUGGCUUGAGGAAGGUAAAAGCGUUGAACAAUCGGAGCUGCGAAUAUUUAUCAAGCAGCUUCGCAAGUACCGCCGCUUCAAGCAAGCCCUUCAGAUAUCACAAUGGAUGAGUGACCAAAGGGCCUAUAACCUAUCUCCUGGAGAUGUUGCAAUUCAGUUAGAUUUGAUCACCAAAGUUUAUGGCUUAGACGAAGCGGAGCGAUAUUUUCAUAGCAUCCCUGAUACUUCAAGAGGCCACCAGGUUUAUGGUUCUCUUUUAAACUGCUAUGCGCACAAGAAAUGUUUAGAGAAAGCGGAGGGCAUCAUGCAAAAAAUGAAGGAGUUGCAGUUUGUAAAAAAUCCACUGGCUUACAAUGUAAUGUUGAAUCUUUAUUCUCAGAUGGGUAAAUAUGAGAAAUUAGACAUUUUAAUGGAAGAGAUGGAAGAAAAGGGCAUCAAUUGUGACAUGUUUACGUUUAACGUCAGGUUGAAUGCUUAUGCAGCCUCUUCUGAUAUCGAGGGAAUGGAGAAACUUCUAAUGAAGAUGGAGGCUGAUCCUGUAAUCAACAUGGACUUCCAUUCUUAUGUUACUGCAGCAAAUGGUUAUUUGAAAGCUGGCCUAAUUGAAAAGGCUUUAAUGUUGUUGAAGAGAUCAGAGCAAUUAAUUAAAGGUAAGUCAAAAUGGUUACCCUUGGAAAUGCUCCUCACUUUAUAUGCUGCUGCUGGGAAUAAAGAUGAAGUCUACCGUGUUUGGAAUUUGUACAAAAAUAAUGGGAGGUUUUUAAAUUCAGGCUAUAGUUGUAUGAUCAGUUCAUUAGCGAAGUUGGAUGAUUUGGAUGGUGCUGAGAGGAUAUGGGAGGAGUGGGAUUCUGGGAAGCAGCUGUUUGAUAUUCGCAUUGCAAACUUGAUGAUUGGUGCUUAUUCCAAAAGAGGUCUUUUGGAAAAGGCUGAAGCAUGCAUAAACAAGAUUAUAGAGAAUGGGAUGGAGCCUGAUGCGAUCACAUGGGAUCAUUUGGCUACUGGAUAUCGUGCAAGUGGUCAAAUGAAGAAAGCAGUAGAAGCAAUAAAGAAAGCAAUCUCAACAACUAAGAGGGGAUGGAAGCCCAGCCUUACUUUGGCCUCUUUUCUUGAGUAUUUGAAGGGUAAGGGAGAUAUUGAAGCAGUAGAAGACCUUUUGAAGAUGGUCAAGGAGCAUUGUCAUUUCUCCGCAGGUGCUACUGCUAAAUUAUCAAGUUUUAUUAGCAAAGAAAACCUAACAACCAACUCCCUCGAUCAGAAGGAAGAUGAUGAUGAAAUUUUUGGAGGAGAACAACAGUUCAUAGAGAAGGGAAGCACCUGAAUUAUGCCAGGUUAAUUAUGGCGCUAUGAUAGUGAAUUAUUAUUAUAAUUAUUAUUACUAUGGAACAGCCUAUUGCCAUUGAAACCAUUGUUGGCUCAUAGCUAAUAUUAGGUAGUUCCUCCAUGUGAUAUAAUGAUGAUCUCUCUCCAUUGGAUAUUUUUAAUUUUUGAUUCAUUCA